AUGGCGGAGGCACUUAGUAGUACAGCUGUCGCAACUAGUGACGAGACGUCACAAGCUCAGGAAAUUCUACACUUGCAUUGCCGCUUUUACGAGCAAAAGUUCCCCGAAAUCGAUGAAUUAGUCAUGGUAAACGUGCGCUCCAUUGCUGAAAUGGGCGCGUACGUGUCGCUGCUCGAGUACAACAAUAUCGAAGGCAUGAUUUUGUUAUCUGAGCUCUCUCGUCGCCGUAUUCGCUCCAUUAAUAAACUCAUUCGCGUGGGAAAGAACGAGGUGGUUAUGGUCCUGCGUGUCGACAAGGAGAAGGGCUAUAUUGAUCUGUCUAAGCGUCGCGUAUCCCCUGAGGAUAUUGCUAAGUGUGAAGAGCGUUAUAAUAAGGCAAAGACGGUCCACGGUGUGUUGCGUCAAGUGGCCCAGGAGAAUCAGAUGGAAAUUGAAGAUUUGUACGAAAAGGUCGCUUGGCCACUUUACAAGAAGUUUAAGAUUGAAACUGUAAAAGACGACGAAAAGAAGAUUGAGUAUGUGCAUUGCUACGAUGUAUUUAAAAUGGGCAUUACGGAUGACGCGGUAUUUGAAGACCUGGACGUCUCGUCCGAGAUUCUUACGGCUCUUAAAACUCAGAUUCGUCGCCGACUAACUCCGCAACCUAUUAAGAUCCGCGCAGACAUUGAAGUCACCUGCUUCACGUACGAGGGCAUUGAAGCCAUUCGCUCUGCUCUACAGGCUGGACAGGAUGUGGGUACGGAGGACGUACUUGUCAAGGUGAAGCUUAUUGCGCCACCCAUGUACGUCAUGACUACUAGUACGCUGGAUAAGCAAAAGGGAAUACAGAAACUACAGGAAGCCAUCGAGACUGUGCAGGAGCACAUCACCGCCAAGAAGGGCACGAUGUCUGUCAAGAUGGAGCCGAAGGUCGUGAGUGUGAAUGAAGAGAAAGAGUUUCUGCAAAUGAUCGAGAAACUUGAGAAUGAAAACCGUCUAGUAGAUGGCGACGCGCCAGAGGAUUAG